AUGGAAGAACAGACAAUUUUACCUUUUCAUUCGACGACGAACAGUAAUACAAAAACAAUUGUUGUCGAACAAGAACCAAUCAAUCAAAAAAAAUUAAGUUUUUCAAUCGAUAGUAUUCUUGACAAACAGCAACAACCAUUAUUCAAUUGUAGUAAUUUAAAAAUUAAACGUCAUCAUCAUUCAACACCAAUAAGUAAUCAUUAUCGAUCAUCGAAUAAACACAUAAAUAAUAAUGAUUCAGGUAUACAUUUAUUAUUAAUCGAUGGAAAUAAUAAUAACAAACGAAAACAUAGUGGGUCGUUAUCGUCCGAUGAACAUUCAUCAUCACCAACAGGAAAUAAACAUGCUCGUUUAAUUAAUACCGAUGAUGAUGAUGCUAGUAGUAAUUGCUCAGGUAUAACAACAAGUGAUGUUGAUGAUGAUGAUAUAGCAACUGGUUCAGAAGACAAUGAUACAAAUCAUCAAAUUAUUAAUAAUAAUCAUAACAAUAAUAAUAAAUAUUCACAUACAAGUGGAGGAAUUAAUCAACAUAAUCAUCAUGGUAAUGGUAAUCAUGAAUUACAUGAAAUAAUGCAUAGAAAAAAGAAAACUCGUACAGUUUUUUCUCGUACACAAAUAUUUCAAUUAGAAACAACAUUUGAUCGAAAACGAUAUUUAUCAAGUGCUGAUCGAGCAAAUUUAGCACAAGGUCUUCGACUUACUGAACAACAAGUUAAAAUUUGGUUUCAAAAUCGUCGAAACAAACUGAAACGUCAAAUAGUUGAAGCAAGUCAAUCAAUCAGUUCUGUUGUUGCUUGUGCAGCAUCUUUACAAGCUCCACCACCACCGCCACCACCAUCAUCACAACAACAAUCAUCAUCAUCAUCAUCAACUAAUUCAAUAAUAAAACGUCCAUUACCAAUGUCUAUACCACCAUUACCCAGUGAUUUUUCUUCGGUAUCAUCUUCGUCCACAUCUCCAUUAUCGAUUUCAUCGAAAAAUCCACAACAUCGUUUUGAUGCAACAUCAUUUCUUCAUUCGAACUUUUAUGAAUUAGCUGCUGUUGCUGCUGCACAUGCCGCAGCACAAGCUGCUGCUUUUCAUAAUAAUACCAAUAAUAAUAAUAAAUCAACAUUGGUACAAAAUAGUGUCAAUGAACAUUCUGAACAAAAUUCAUCAUCAACAAAUUCUUAUUCAACUUUUCAAGAUUUUGCCACGUCUCUUACGACUCAAGCAGCUGUUUGA